AUGACUACCUUUAUACUAAUUUUAAAUUUCGGAAUAUGGAAGGCAUCCAAGAAUGAGUCAGAUUAUAUUUGGCCUCAUCCCUUGAAAUCAAAUAAAAUUGAGAAGCUUACAUGUUUUCAGAAUUUAAUUCCCUCCUCUUGGAUGUUUUUCCUUUUAGUAUCGAGGAUUCUUUCAGAGAGUGGAGAUGCUGAUAUCAUUCAGUCAUACAUGGAUGAGAAAAAUUACCAGGGUGCAGUUCAAUAUGCCACUCAAGUUAUAAUUUCUCCAAAUUUCUCACCAAAUGAAAUUAGUAUUUACUAUCUUCGUGGUCAGAGCAACUAUCAGCUUCAUAAUUUCGUUGAAGCCAUUGAAGAUUUCGACCGUGUUCUUAAUAGCACAAAAUCAGACCAAAAAAUGCGUAAGAACGCACACAAAUCACGUGGUUUCUGCAAUAUUAACACUGGCAAAAUCGAACAGGCUAAGAUUGACCAACAAAAAGCCGAAGAUGAAGAACUGACCAAAUUCUACAAUGAAAUCGAUGCUCUUUACACCCAGAUCAAGACAGCCACUACAGAAGGCAAAUACGACGUCGUGUUCCAAGCCUACGACACCCUCGCUGAAAAAUGCAGAUAUUCCUUAGAUAUGAAGAUUGAAGCUGCCAAGUAUGCAUUGAAACUUGGUCUUGAGGACAAGUUCCUUGAGAUUUCCACAAAGGUUGUCGAACUCGAGCCAUCAAACCUCGAAAUUCUCGAACUUCGUGGUAUUUAUUUCUUAUGCAACGCUGACCACGAUUUUGCCAAGCGCCACUUACUCACAUGCGCUAAGAAGGCCAAGGACAAAUCGAAAUGCCAGAAAUUGAACCGCUACAACAACGAAUUUCAGAAUUAUUUCAACAAAUUCGCCGAAGCAGAGAACACCUCCAACGUUGAAGAUGCUUCCAAGUUCUACGAGAAGGUCCAUAAAAUCGCAAACGGAGCUUGCAAGAACACAUCCAAACUUUGGGUCAAAGCUGAGACUUUGAAAGCCAGAACAAUGGCCAUCAAUGGAACAAUUAGAGGCGCCAUAUCAUACCUUAACGAUCUCGACGACGCUUUUCCAAAUAAUACCGAUGUUUUCACUGCAAGAGCUGAUAUCAACUUUAAUCAAGGCGAUAUUGACGAAGCGAACCGCGAUUAUCAAGCAGCAAAGCGUAUCGAUGAUAAAAUACAACACGUUAACGACAGAAUUCUAGAAAUUUUCAAUAUCCAUGAAGCCGAGCGAAAUGUCAACUACUACGAGCUCCUUAACCUCUCACACGACUUUACAAAGACACAAUUAAAGGAUGCCAUGCGCAAAGCAACACGCCUUUACCAUCCAGAUCAAUAUUCAGAUCCAGCCAAGAAGAAAGAAUGCGAAAGGAUGAUGGCGAAGAUCAACAGAGGUGUAGAAAUCCUCGGUGACCCUGUAAAACGCGCUGUCUACGAUUCUGGCGACGAUCCAGAUAAUCCAGGUUUCAAAGCUCAACAAGAGAAGCAGAGAGCUGAAGAAGAAAGACUCAAACGUGAAGCUGAAGAGGCUAAGCUUGCUAGAGAACAAGCAGCUAAAGCAGCUGAAGGAUUAAACGAUGAAAAGAAGGCACAGUUACUUAAUUCAGACAACAUCAACCCACCAAGACAUUUCGUCUUCAGGGGAAUUGAUUUCGGAAACAAUGGAAAUCCAUUCGGUAUCAAUGGAAACCCUUGGAUUGUAGACCUCUAA